AUGAAUUUAUUGAACAUCACUAAAUAUCUUCUCGAUUUGACUCAAACUAAAUUUGAAUCUGAAAACUCUUCAACAACUACUGAUGAAAUUUUUGCUGCAGAACGUUUAUUCGAAGUUGUGAAAUCAUUUAAAGAUAGCAACUUCAAUGAGCUGUGUACUUAUGAUGCUGUCGAAUUUGAAGAUGAAUAUGAUGAAAUGACCGAUGAAGAAGAGAGCAAUGAAGAAAUGACUGAUGAAGGAGGGAGCAACGAUGAAAUGGACAAUUAUGACGAGAAUUAUCAUUCUGAUUUAAAAAAUCAUUUUCCAUUAGAAGAAAUGCAAAAUAUAAUCGAAUGA